AUGUAAGAAUUUAAAAUUCUCUAGGAAUUAAUUAGAUCAUUAAAGAAACCAUUUGAAAAAAGAAGUGAAGAUGAUUUAUACCCAAUUGAGAGGAUGGUGAGGAAGAUCGAGUUUUUCUAAAAAUAUUUUGCUGAUCAAAAUGAUCUCAAUUUUAGUUACUAUUUCGAACACGAAUAUGCGAUCUAAAACACAGCCAUUAUUAACAUAGAUUCGGUGGGCGACAAAUUCUACGUCAUUCUUCAAGGGUAAGUUGGCAUAUACGUUAAACCUAAUGUUGUGGAAGAUAAGGCGUCAUCGACUAAAUUACUGGAGAUGGUUAAAUUGAGGUUUAGACAAGCUGUCAACAAUAAUAAAUUCAAGGAUUAUUAAAUAAAUAAAAUCCAAUCUCAGUAGUCAGAUUUGGCGCUGAUAAAAAUCCUAUUGCCAGGCCAAUCCUUUGGGGAGAUGUCCCUAAUACACAAUAGGCCAAGAGAAUUUACAGCUGUGGCAUUGUAGCCGUGUCAUUUUGCAAUGAUAAGGAGGUAGUACUUUAAGGAUGUAGUGCGGAUAGGUCAGGAGAAGUCAUCCGUGAAGGAGAUGGGGUUUUUUGCCAAUCUGGAGAUUUUUGAGGGUUGGAAUGUGAAUUCGAUCUACUAAAUUUACAAGAUGUUGGAGCAGAGAAGUUACAGGAUGGGAGAUGUGGUAUAUUUGUCAGGGGAGAGCGUAAACAAGAUCUACCUCAUAAAGGAAGGGGCUGUAGAUUUAUAACAAGUGUUCAUAGAGGAGAAGGAGGAAUUGGAAAUACGGUCAGUGUCUCCGUACAUGAAGCAGAGAGGGAAGAGUCUGCACAGGAAGAUUGCUACGUUGAGCAAUCAUCAAUUCUUGGGUUUGGAUGAUGUGCACAGUCAGGAAUAGAAGCACAGAUUCUCUUGUGUUAGUUCCAGUUCAGAUACUGUUCUAUUCAUUAUCCCGGUGGAACUGUAUAUGCGAAAAAUUUACACUCAAACUACAAGUUAGUUGUAUGUGUAGGAGUUUAUAUAAGUUUAGAGCAAAUACCAAGAUCUGAGAAAUUCUUAAUUACAGGUAGCCAUCCAUUCGCAAAGACAAUAGUAAUAGCAGAUGCUGGCUAAGAUAAAUCAAUACAAGAAUGCUGACAUGUUAUAGUUUUUUCAAAAUUUGUAAGGGAGGUUUAAGACACUCUCACAGGAGUCAGCAAAGAAGUUUCAAAAGAGUUCAAUUGGAGAGCGAUCACAGAACAUAAGUGCUCAUGAUAAGUAUGUGGACAGAAGUUGUUUCACUAGAGCCAAAGAUCGAUCUCUAUUGGGGAAGGUGUAGACUCAGAGUCUCUACUAGAAUUAAGCAUAUAAAUAAGUGGUCAAUGAAUCCAGGAUUGUUGAGAAGAACUUGCCAAACCUUUCUCAGUUUAUGGAGAGACAUCUGCCCAGUUUGCAUCACUCUAAAUCAAUGUAAGUUAGAUGCAGGAGACAGAGUCCAUAGAAGCAAUAGUAUUUGCAAUUUCAGAAUGUUCAAACCUCUUUGAAUGAAGACGAAUAACAAUUAGUAUCUAAUGUUCUUUCAAAGGGAGUGGUUUAUCAAAGGAGAACCAAUUUAGUAAAGAGAGUGAGGUCAACAGAAAACUAUUCUCAACGAAGAGCAAUAAGAUUCCAAGACCAAUCCAAGUACUGA